AUGGUGAUUCCCGGAGCUCCUGAGCCGUCGCCAGAGCGCGUUGCCGCUUGGUCGGCAGUCGUCGCCAGGCCCCCGUCGGUCCCCGAAAAGGUGACCACGGCGACGAAGCCCCCUCUACCGCCGACUCUGAAGCCCGCGACAACAGUCUCUGAAACGACUCUUCCCCUCGUACCCGCGGAUCCCCUUGCCACCCCCGAUUCUGGCCCAUCUGUCCCUGUUGCUGUUCCGUCCGAUCCGGCUGCUGCCGCUGUUCCCCUGGCUCCUCCUGUUGCGGCGCCGGCGUCAGUCCCUGCUGGGGUUGUUGCUGUUCCCGAUGUCUCUGUCCCUGUCGCGCCUGUUGUUUUGCCUGCCGCCGACCCCGUUGCGCCGGCUCCGUCCUCUGCGUUGUCGCCGCAGGCGGCGUCCGCCACCACUGGCGGCCCGGCUCCGUUGGUUGCGCCCUCUGCGGCGGUCCAGUCUGCGCCAGCUAGGGGUCCCCGCGGGCGCGGGGGUGGUGGUGCGUACCGUCCGCCCGUGACGAUGGCUGAUCUUAAGCGGGAAGUGUCGAAGGCAGUGCGCGAGGAGAGGGCCGCGCAGAGCCAGAGCAGAUCGAUGCACGCCUCUCCUGCCCGCGCAGCUCCACGUCAGGCUGCGCUCCCCUCGGAUCCAAUGCCUGUAGCUGCACCCCCCCCGCAGGUUCUAGUCCCACCGCUUCCUGCUCCCGCUGCCUCGGCACCUGCUCCUGGAGCGCGCCUUCGGCUGCCGCCGGUUCCGCCCGUGGCGGGAGUGGAAUUUGUGGCCGCAGGAGGAGGAGCGGCGGGGGCUCGGUAUUCUCCUCACGUCGCUGGUGGAUCGGCGUUUCUUGCUGCCGAUGAGCUGUUUCAUUUCCUGGCGGAGGCGCUUCAGCAACCUCAGACACGUGUUCCUGAGGCGACGCUCGGACAGCUCUCCCGCCUCGCGGAGAGCCUUCAUGCGCUGCUGUUGAUUCAGGUGCUUGCUCAUGCGUCUCUCCCCGCAAUUCCCACAGAGACGUUUCAUGACCGUCCGUGUGAGACGUGCUUGGAUGCCGCGGACCAGCUCGCACUGCUCCUGGGGCCCGUGUUGGCUGCGCCCGCAGAGGGUGGCGCUGCGGCUGUGGGACAACUUGACGAGGCUGUCUGGGGUUCGAGGCGACACUUGCGCGCAGGUUCUGGAGCCGCCGCGAUCGGCGCAAGCACGCUUGUGGUCCAGGAGCUACGGCGAACGUUGACGGGCGUUCUUCACGCCCUUGGAGCUCACCGCAUGUAG